AGCUCGUUUGACAUGACAUUUGUAUUUUUUUUAUCCUAUUGUUGUGAAAUGGUGAUUGCUUAUCAGUUGAUCUUUACAGAAUUUAGAAGAAAAUCGAUAAUUACAGUGGUUUUUAAUAUCAGAGACACGUUGCUAGCAUAAUAUGGAUCAAGAAAUAGAACAGAUCUUUAUAAAACCAGAUAUUGCACAUUUGAAAGUUGAAGUUGAUUGCGAACAGGAAAGCAGUGGAAACCCGUACCAGCCUCCGGAACAUGUGUUCAACAUCAAGAGUGAAGACAGAAGUAUUUUACCUUACAUAGACUCAACCAAUGAAAAUGAUAAAACAAACUCAGUAGAGAUAGUUGGUAAAGUAUACGAGAACGGAAAAAUAAACCGAUUGCAAUGUCCACAAUGUGAUAAUACUUUCAAAAACAGAGCCAACUUGAAGCAGCAUCUCAAGUUUGUGCAUUCGUCCGAAGAUGAUAUUGUUGAAUGUGAGAAAUGUUACCGGACUUUCAAGUCUGUCGGUCAUUUACGCUCACACAUUCACUCUGUUCACGCUGAAGAAAAAGAAGUGAGCUGCGAACAUUGCGGUAAAGUGUUCUCAAACAAAAAACGACUUAACAAUCAUAUUUUCUAUUCCCACCCGGAACCGGAAGAAAGCGUCAAUUGCAGUGUAUGCUCCAAAUCUUUCAAGCGUAGAUACAAUUUGAAAAUACAUAUGAGACUUGUCCAUCCUUCCGACGACAGAUCGGUACAAUGCCCACAUUGCGAUAAGAAAUUUAAAGUAGAUAUGUUACUACAGAGACAUAUAAAAUGGAGUCACCCUCAAGACGGAAUGAUGUACCGCUGCCCCGAAUGCGGGAGAACAUUGCCAUCUAUCGCUUGCUUUAGAAAACACAUGCAGAACGUACAUUCAGGCUCCCAAGAUGCUGUUUGCAAAAUCUGCUCCAAAGUUUUCAAAACAGUCAAAACUUUAAACAGACAUGAGAGAAACAUUCACGGAGGAGCGAAAGCUGAAGCCAAACCGUGCAAAGUAGGAGAUAUACCAUGUUCACAGUGCGACAAAAAAUUCACGACAAAUACAGCAUUAUUUUGGCAUUUCGAGAGACAUCAUUCCGAGAAUAAAAGAAGUAAUACUUGUCAGAUAUGUAACAAAGAGUUAUCCGAUCAAGGGAGUUUGAAGAGACAUUUAGAAAUGGUGCAUUCCUUUGAUCCUGUCAACUGUCCUAUAUGCUCAAAAACUUUUAAAAGUCACAUGAAUCUACAGAGGCAUAUUAGAGUCACCCAUGCUCCACCAGAAGCGGCCCAGAAAUGCGACAUUUGUAAUAAAACUUUCAAAUGCUCUAUGCAUUUAAGGAUACAUAUAAACGCAGUCCACUCCACAGAAGGCAUAUUCACCUGUGAUAUUUGCAAUAAGGAAUUCUCCUCAAAGAAAUAUAUGUUGAAACACAAGAAAACCCAUGUAGAUGUCAAGCUCUUUCCAUGUGGAGUUUGUAGCAAAAUGUUUAAAUGUGUUAAUGAUGUUAAAAAACAUACAAAACGUGUGCAUAUGAAGACACCAGUUAAAACAGAAAAUGUAGAACCUGAAAGUAAAGAAGCUGAAAGCCUUAAAGAUAUGGAAGCUAAUACAGAAGCACUGACUUGUUCGAAAUGUGGUGGUGAUUUUGAGAAUGAAACAGAGUUACAUUCGCAUAUUGUGAACUGUGGUGAGCUCCCAGCGGUGGCGUUUGUGAAGGCUGAAUUGGAAGAUUGGUAGCUUUUUACAAGAAAGUUUUAUAUUAGGUCUUGUAAAGAUUUAUUAGGUUAAUUUUUACUUUCCAUGUUCUCAAAUGAAAUUAAUGUGAUUUUUGAGUAUUAGCUAUAUUAGCUAUGUGCGCCACUACGGGGCCUGGCCUAUAACCGCGAACAUCGAAGUUCGCAAAUUGGGGGCAUUUUUCUCUGUCACUAAUUACACAUUCAUUGGAGUAAAAGAGAAAGAUCCCCGCAUUUUGCCAAUUUCAGUUUUCGCGGUAGCCCCUCUGCCCGGCAGCAAUGGAACACAUCAGUUACUUGACAGAUGUCAAUUAUUAUGAAUUUAAUGUUUAUCCUACGGUUUAUCCUUUAUAUACACAUUUCCAUGUUCUCACUUCUCAGUAAAAAGUGUCCACGAAAAGAUAGAUGUACAGGUUGAUUCACGAAAGCUGCAUGGCUCUGGCACGAAUAGAAAGAACGGAACCGGAAACUUUCAUUGUAGUGACACCUGUAUUCAUUGGUCAGUGUGAUUUUUUUUGUAUAGCCUAUAUUGUGUCCCACUGCUGGGCAAAGGCCUCCCCUGUCUUUCGCCACUCGUCACGGCUUUGUGCAUGCUCCCGCCAGUCACCACAAAAUAAGUCCAGGUCGUUUCGCCAUCUCGUUUUUGGUCUACCUCUACCUCGGGUGAUUUGUGGUGCCCAUUCGGUCGCUAUUUUGGCCCAUCUGUCCGGGGUCCGCCCAAUCCCACUUGAGCUUGUAAUACGGAAUCGCGAAUGCGUUUUAACGACACGCCAGGUGGGCUCACUCCGCGAUUUCAUCGCUUUGCUACAGGUAGCUACAAGUACAUCCGUUCCACAUCAAUUUUGGUGGCUAGCCAUAAGCCGCGCGUGGCGCUGUCGCCACCUAGCGGCCAUAUCUGUCCUGAUCGUAACGGACGCGUUUUGUUAGAGAGUGAGUCUUCUGUACCUAGUACUAUUAUUUAUUCUGUGGACACGCUUUAAGUGCGCGCGGCGCGUCAUUAUGAACCUUGUUGGAUGGCACGAAGGUUGAUAUUGAGCUGCAGCCCAGUUCAGUUGACUUCUUUGCCGGUGUUUAAAACGAAAUCAUUAUCAUCAUCCUGUCCUCGCCGGUUUCGGCCUCGGCGACUGGAUUCACAAAACGAAAUAUCAAUAAAGGCUACCAUCUUGAGGUGGUAUUACUAAUUUCCUUGUCCAAUGUCAGUGCGUCUCACUCUCUCAUGCAAGAUGUGAGACGCAUAUUGGACAAAGAAUUGGACAGGUAGCAUACCACCACAUAUCACGCACAAACAUAGUGAACAUUUUCCUAUUUUUCCAAAACGUUGACAUUCCACAAAAUACGGUGUUUUGUAUAAUCUACAUGUUUGUAAAUAUUAUUCUAUUAAUGUUAGUGAAUUUGUGUAAAUAAACAAUUUUAUUAAUUGUC